GGUAGAGAAAGAGAAAGAGAGAGACAGAGAGAAAGAGAUCAAGUACGAGGAAACGAGUAGAGAGAUAAACGUGGGUGGGACGGGGCAAUCGCACGUGAAAAAGGGGGUGCGAGCGAGAGGGCCGGAGGACCCGCGAAAACGAGAGCGUGGAAGAGGGAGGAUUCGCAAGAGCGAGAGGAAAGGGGUUGAAUUGUGAUAGACAGACAGAGAGAGAACCGCGCGUUGACAGGUAGAAGUGAGGAGGAUGAUUUCCGGACGAGAGAGAAAGAGAGGGAAAGAAAGAGUGAGAGGGAGACCGUUCUCGUUGAAUAGAAGUAAGAGGGGAGAACGGGAGAGAGACAGAGAGAGAGAGAGAGGGCCUGAAGAGAGUAAUCGACAGUGGAUCCGCGUUAGCUACCGAGGGAUGAAAGGCAGCAGCCUCCGCGAGACUCGUGGCGCACAGGAAUACCUCGCGCCUACGUUUCUAUCCGACAACGAGGACGACGACGUGGACGAGGACAAGGACGUGGUCAUCGACGGGAAGUGAUGCUGCGCGACGAUCGAUGACACGCUCGUGACAACGUUCGGAUCCAUAAAUUCGAUCGCGCCGAUGCGGAAAAGUGAUAAACCAGUGAAUCCUGCGAACAGUGGAUCUUAAAGAACAAUAAUAACGAUCGACCGGGCCGGGAGAUCUCGCGAUCCUGCCGCUCGAUUUCAAGCUAUGAUGAUGGACCGAGGUGCGUGCGAGUGUUAACUCCGGUCAACGACGCGGUAAUCGGUUUAACGAUCAAUCCGGUAUCUCUAUCGGUUCGAUGAGAUCGUCACGCGCAUAGUGAUUCGGAUGCGGCAGAAUACAUUGCGUGUGGCAUGUAUACGGGGUCAAGGGUUGCGAUGAGCAGGCGGGAAGUGUACGGAAAGGGUCGACGGGCGUUCUUCCCUUCGUCUGUGAUUGUAGAACGGCGGCGGUGGCGGCAGCGAGCCGGUUACGGGGAUGCCGAGGGGAUGCGAGGAUAUCGCGAGAUGACGUUCUCCAUCGCGCUCGUCGUUCACUGACACAAUCCCGACCGGAUAACGAAGACAAUUGGCAGGAUGCUGCCACGCGAAUUGCCGCUCCUGAUCCUCUUCUUCCUUGUGCAGCUGCGUCAUCGUGUCAUCUGGGCUUCCCUGGAAAGUAUCGAGAUGUCCGAUAGAUUGGAGAACGUUACGCAGACAAUUUCGAGGAUACUCGAUGGCUACGAUAUCCGAUUAAGGCCGAACUUUGGCGGCGAUCCAUUACUAGUCGGAAUGGAUCUCACCAUUGCAAGUUUCGAUGCGAUCUCAGAAGUCAAUAUGGAUUACACUAUAACGAUGUAUUUAAAUCAAUAUUGGAAGGACGAGAGACUUGCCUUUUCACAUAAGGACGAGAUCCUGACGUUAAGUGGCGAUUUCGCAGAAAAGAUUUGGGUGCCGGACACAUUUUUUGCCAAUGAUAAAAAUAGUUUUCUGCACGACGUCACCGAGCGCAACAAACUUGUUAGAUUAUCUGGUGACGGUUCGAUUACAUACGGCAUGAGAUUCACAACGACUCUGGCCUGCAUGAUGGACCUGCAUUACUAUCCCCUCGACUCGCAGAAUUGCACGGUCGAAAUCGAAAGCUAUGGAUACACGGUGAUCGACGUAGUAAUGUCUUGGAAGGAUACUCCUGUUCGUGGGGUCGAGGAAGCAGAAUUACCGCAAUUUACAAUAAUCGGUUACGAAACUAACGAUCGAAAGGAGAAUCUGGCGACAGGCAUCUACCAAAGACUCUCGCUAAGUUUCAAGCUCCAGAGAAACAUAGGAUAUUUCGUUUUUCAAACGUAUCUGCCAAGUAUCCUAAUCGUUAUGCUCAGUUGGGUCAGCUUCUGGAUCAAUCACGAAGCUACGAGCGCGAGAGUAGCUCUCGGCAUCACAACUGUAUUGACCAUGACAACAAUAUCGACGGGUGUUAGAAGCUCACUGCCACGGAUCAGCUAUGUGAAAGCUAUCGACAUCUACCUAGUGAUGUGCUUUGUUUUCGUGUUUGCGGCUUUGCUGGAAUAUGCAGCGGUCAAUUACACGUAUUGGGGCGCCAGGGCGAAGAAGAAGACCAAGAAGAAAGAUACCGACGAGAAAAAAAUACUAUCUUCUAAGACAGGGAGCAAAGCCAGCUCGCCUUUUCCUGGCUCCACGGACGCGGAUAUCAUAGAGCUUCAGGAUCUCAGAAUGUCACCUCUACCGAGCAUUAGAAAUAGGUCAGGCCUACUCAGCUCAUCGGGAGUUGGAAGGGAUCAUGAUCCGGCCAAAUUUCCGCCGAGCUUUCGUAUUUCUAGAUCUGCCGCUUAUAAUACGCACGGACGAAACAGCGGUCUCAGGUACAGAGGCCCAAGACCGCACAAGUCCAAGAUGUUACAUGCUCUACGUAGAGGAGCUUCCGUAUUACGUGUAUCAAUGCCAAAAAUCAAAGAUGUGAACGUGAUAGACAAGUAUUCGCGGAUCAUCUUUCCGGUUAGCUUCAUGCUGUUUAACAUCGUGUACUGGACCUUCUAUUUCUUCUGAGCAGUAAACGGGUAUUAGAAACCGAUUUCCACUCAGUUUCGUAUACGUCUAAAAAGGACCAAUUGAUUCGGGAGGAUCCUUUCAAGUCUUCUAGCAUGACCAUCAAACGAUGUGCAAUAUUUUUCACAGGGACGAAGGUCCACCGAAUAUCAGCAGGUGAUGAAAGUACUGAAUCGAAAGUACUGCCACGAAACAUUUAUCGAUAAAAAGUAGAAUGGCGGCGGACUCGUGUGUGCCAAUAGCGUUUACGCGAGAUUUUGGUUAAUUAUUAUAGAAAAUAUAAGCAAUAAGCAAUACGAAUGAGCGACAAUAUGUUCCUAAUGAAGCAUGAUGCUUUGUCAUGUUCGUGUGAGAAAGGUCAAUAAGUAGCCAUUUGAACGACAAAAUUUGCAGUGAUCUUGGAAAAAAAACAUGCGUUCGGAGCAAGUUUUUUUGCAUCCGUGAUAAUAAAAGUGAUCUGAGUCGUAUAUUUUAUUCUGGAGAUAAAAUGUUUUUAUAUAUUUAAAAAAGAUAUUUCCCUCUUUAGAUCAAUAAAUAUUACUUAAUCUAAUAAAAUAUAAAAACUAUUUCCAUUCUUAAUAUUUUCUGCAAUAAUAAAAUUUUAAAAUGAUGUAAAACUAAAUAUAUAUUUUUACAUUUGUGACUUGAUUUACUUUUAUGACCGCCUAUAUGCAAAAAAAGGGUUCUCUAGCUCUCAAUUCCGCAAAGUAGAUUUAAGAUCGACUGUCAAAAGUGAAAAUACGAGUCAAAUUGUAAAUUUAAAUAAAGUGAUUAAUAUUAAUCAAAAAGAUUGACGUUAUAAAUACAUAUUAAAUACAAUUUCAAAAAAUAUAUAAAUAAAUUGGCAAUUAAUAUCUUUUUUUUCUAUAUAUUAUAUAAUUGUUUUUAUAAUUGUCACUUUUAAUAGUACAAUUUGCAAAUAUGGAUUAUAUAAGAUAUCAUCCUAGUUUACAAACUUCAGAUAUUUUUUUUAAACGUGCAAUAAAAUGUUCGAAGAAUGUCAUGUGUAGAGAAUACAUUUGUGGCUUAACGACAAUUUCUAAAUAUAAUUUUAAGAAACAAAUAUAGCUAUAAAAUAUAAUAUGUAUAAUAAUCCGCAAAUAAACCGUGAAUAGAUUUACAAACAUA